AUGGCAUCUGCGCCGUCCGCUACAUCCGAUUGGAAGGCCCACUUCUCAACCUUCUACUACAGCAUUACAGCAGUUACCUGCACAGCCAUCUUACUAAUUACAGUCAAAUUCAUUGCUAUGGGAUGGUGCUGCCGGCAUCGUCCAAACCAUCGGAGGUUCAGUGAGCCUCUUGAAGACACGAUUAGUGUGCCCGAAAAUUACAAUGGGCAGUCGAUUCCGAUGCAUAAGUACCGGAAAGAAGACACCCAUGUGGGAUUUUCAGCAAAUGAGUGUACAGUGUGCUUGAUGGCUUUCUUUGACGGCGAAGACGUCCGGCAGCUGCCCAAGUGCAAACACUCCUACCAUGCUCCUUGUAUUGAUAUGUGGCUCUACUCUCACUCCAACUGCCCACUUUGUCGUGCCACUGUUACUGUGCCUAGUGUGCAUUGCCGGGCCCCAGUAAAGGGGAAGAUAUGCAUCAAGGUUCGACAGACCCCAGCAACAUGGCUUGAGUACUAG